CCCGGCCCGGCCCGGCCCGGCCCGGCCCGGCCCGUCCCGCCGCACCGGCCCGCGGCGCCGCCGCUCCCCGCCCGGCCCGGCCCGGGGCCCCGGCCCCGUCCCACCCUCCCGCCGCGCCCGGCGGCGCCCGCAGUCUUCCUCAGUUACCCAGAGAAACCCCUUCGUGCCCCGUAAGAGCCCUGCCGCGUUGCAAGCCAACCCGAUGGCGUCCUCUACUGCCGUGCCUGUAGGAUUUCACUAUGAAACAAAAUACGUAGUUCUCAGCUACCUGGGACUUUUAUCACAAGAGAAGCCAAAGGAGCAUCCUCCUCCUUCAACUCUAGGGACUCAACAACAGCUUAUGGCACAACAUGCUCCGGAGAAAGAGGCUUUGGAGAAGAUUAAAAUAGAAAUCGAGGAGGAGCUAAAGCAUCUUGAUGAAGAAAUCUUGGAAGCAUUUACCACUACAGGAUUUGACUGCCACACUUCCCCAGUGUUCAGUCCUGCCAAUCCAGAGAGCUCAAUAGAAGACUGCCUGGCUCAUUUGGGGGAGAAAGUGUCCCAGGAAUUGAAAGAACAUCUGCACAAAGCACUGCAGAGCUUGCUUAGCAAGCCGGUGACAUAUCAAGAAUAUCGAGAGCGCACACAAGAGACAGCUGCUCAUGCCAGUGGAUGGAACAAGGUCUUGGUACCCCUGGUUCUGCUACAGCAAUUUCUAAUGGAGUUAACCAGACGGGGCCAGGAACCACUGAGCGCACUUGUGAACUUCGGGGUGACAUAUCUAGAAGACUAUUCUGCAGACUAUAUCAUUCAACAAGGAGGAUGGGGGACGGUCUUUACUUUGGAAUCUGAAGAGGAAGAGUACCCUGGGCUCAUCGCAGAGGACAGUAAUGACAUCUAUAUCCUGACUAGUGACAACUCAGGACAGGUGAGCCCCCCGGAGUCCCCCACUGUGACCACAUCGUGGCAGUCGGAGAGCCUGCCUGUCUCCCUGUCAGCGAGUCAGAGCUGGCACACAGAGAGCCUGCCAGUCUCCCUGGGACCCGAGUCCUGGCAGCAAGUGGCCAUGGAUCCUGAAGAAGUCAAAAGCCUGGACAGCAACGGAGGGGGUGAAGAAAGGAGUGAGAACAACUCUUCCAACUCAGAUAUUGUUCACGUGGAGAAGGAAGAGAUACCGGAGGGGAUUGAGGAAGCAGCGGUGUCAGCCGUCACUGCAGAGACCAUGCAGGCAGCACUUCCAGAAACCCCUGCUUCUUUACAGGAAGUAAAACCUCAAGCUAAAAUUGCUGCUGUUGAAAAAGCACAUCCCUCGGCACUUCUGCGUGCGAAACAGGAGGAAAAAGGAAAAGUGGCUGAAGAGAUUGUUGAACCUGAAAUCCCCCUAUUAAGUAAACCUGUCCCAAAGUUAGCCUCAUCAGAAGAAAAAGCUGCACCAGAACCUGAGAAAAUACUGCUUCCAGGGGAAAAAAAAGUGGGGAAAGAGGGCCAUUUGGAAGAAAUAGAAGAGAAAUCCUCUGCUGCAGAGGAGAAGCCUAUCUUAUUGCCAGAAGGGAAAUCUAUAUUGCUGUAUGGGGGGGCUGCUGCGGUAGCUAUAUUAGCUGUAGCAGUCGGAGUAGCGCUGGCGCUUAGGAAAAAGUAAGGGAGCUCUCUUGAGGAGGAGGAGGGGGGAGAGAGAAGAGAGCACGAUCCUGUUUUUGUAGUUGUGUUACCUAAAGGUUGAGCUGCCUGCUGUGUUUAAUUGGACAUUUGAGUAACUUAAUGGUGAUGGGGUGAGGUCAUUCAGUGAGCCUCCAGCUACGGACAAACGUUUUUAGUAGAAUUGGGGUGGGGACUGGUUUUUCGUGAUUAUAAAGUACCGGGGUAUUUUUAAAAAAAAAAUAAAUUCUGCAAAUUUAAGAACUUAAAUGCAGGUGCUGAAGAAAGGGGUGCUCAUACUCUAGGAACUGGAACAGAGAAUCCCCAGGGGGAGAGCCAGCUGCUGCUGACCCCUGGAGUUCUUGGCUUCUCAGACUGACCGCUACUGCAGCUGUGCUGUCUUGUCACUCCCCGAUGCACCCCCCGAGCCCUCCCUAACAAACAUUAGCCAACCUGAGUCCUGUAGCGAGAGGCUGGUCUCCCUUUUGUCUCUGCUUCCUCUCAGGUACAGCACUGCUCCUCGUAACCUCGCAGGUUUCUCCUAAGCCCCAGUGGGAGAGUGCUUAUAUUCUUACCUCUUUGCUUACACUGGUUUUGGCCCCCAACAUUUAUUGGAGCCCCAUCCUGUAAAGAUGCUGCCUCUCUAUAGCUGUAUUAUCUCUGAGCAUCCUGGUGUUCCUGGGGGAGAGGUGCAGGACGGUGGGUGGGUGGGGGGACACUGCUAUUUGCUGGUUUGAGAAUCCAUUUGCUCUGCUCCUGCCCAGCCAACUCUACUGCCACCCUUGAGUCACCAGAGGUGCAAAAUUUAUGCUGGAUAUGGUGCUGUUCUGAUGAGUACUUUGAUGCCAGGGCAUAUUCAGCAAACUACACAGAAUUAAGUCUGAUGCCUCCUGUGCGAUUCAAAGGUUAAAUGCUAUGCUGUCCCAUAUCACGCUGCAGUUUGUAUCAUCUUUCCCAGAUCAAGCACAGAGUGUAUUUAGUCUUAACUUGGUCUUGGCUGUGACAGAAUCCCAGAUACGUGAGGCAAUGAAUUCUACUGACUGAGCAAAACAGCACUGAACAGCUCUGUCUGCCUGUUCCUGACCUGAACAGGAGUGUUGUUCAGUGCACUUUCUUUUGCAACUCUGAAUCUGUAAAGAACUAAACUUAAAAGUUUAGAAAUUAUGAGAAAGUGACUGGCAAAAAGUAAAUCCCUCUUCCUGCAGUCACAACACUUGAAACGUGUGUGAAGAGAAACCUUUAAGGUACUGCCAUGCAUAUUAGUUACGUCGGAUCCAACGGCAAGAGUUCCUCUUUCAGUGCAUUUCUUUGUCUGUCCUUGUCUGUAAGGCAGCUCUGUCGGCAAGACCUCAGGCUGUCCAGGCAAAACUACACAUCUCUGAGGGUUCCUGCUGGCACUGUGGCUUAGACCAGAUGGAGGUAGGUGAAAGGGAACUCGGGGUAAUGAAUAGUCAAAAUGUGAGCUUACGGGAAGCUACUCUUCAUAAAGCACAAAGACAAGGUACUUUAUUUCUAAAUGUCCUUAUUUAAAGUAUAUCUUCCAACGGACCUGUUAUUAAGUGAUGUGAGAAUUAAGAGAUUCUAGCACAUUCUUUUAUUUUAGGCUAUUUGUGCUGCAUUUUCCUAUCCCACCCAUAUCCCAGGAUGGUGGGAAGUCAGUAAGAACCGGGCAGAUUCUGAGGGAUUAUUUUUGUUCAAGUUUUUCUGCACAUGGAUUUUUAAGAAAAAUUCUUGGCUUUUGAACUUGUGUGUGUGAAUUCUGAGAGGAAGGAUUGUCAUGUACGUACUGCUGCUGUGGACUGAACUCAGGAGCUCUGACUUUACUGUUGAUCAUGGAUUGCUUAUCAUUGAUUGUUGAUCAUUGACACAAAAAGUAGCAGGGUGGCCUUAACAAAAAAAAAACACAACCCAAAAAACCCACAUCCUUUACCAUGUUGUAAAAUGGAAUUGACUUUUUUUUUUUUUGCCAUUUCCUGGUGCCCCGUGCUGGUACUGUCAUCGCUGUGCUGUGUGCUCACAAUGGGUCACUGGAACCUCAUCAUGCCGUGGACUUUCUGGUGUCUGCCUUCCCACCACCAUAGUUCCCUCUUCUGGCCCUGGAGGGGAGCUUCCCUCAUGUGAAGAGGAGAGGUGUCUUUUUGCUCCUUUUGUCAUGGACAUGCACGAAUGUUUACAGUUUUGCUUCAUUUCACAUGUUGCAACAUUGGUGUUCAACAAGUGACACAAUCUGUGUGGUUGCCUGGUUGUUGUUCCUAUGUGGCAAGGGCCACAUAGUAGGUCAGUAGGCCCAGUAGGUCAGGUAGGCCUGCCCUGCUCCUGCGCUGAUGGCUUCAGAUGUUUGGGACACCCCCAAGCUGCAGGCAUGAAGCAGGUUACACAGAAGUACCUACUGAAACUCUGAAGCAGAGCUGAAUUUUUUAGACGCUCUGGGUAACUUGCAUACAAACUGGAGGGGUGUGGGUGUUAGGUGUUCUUUUAGCUCGUCUCUGUAGAUGGUUGUUUCAGUAGUAGUGUGGGAGAUAAGUACAGGACAGGUAGGAAGAAUACAUCCAUGCCAGCAAAGGAAGAAGUCCCUAGUUUGCUGGCACAAGGAGCCCAGUGAGGCAUUAAAGAAAAUGUCUUCCACAUGCAGCAGUGAGAAGAUGGCAGCAGCAGUAAGGAAAACUUUGGUUUACUUUGGUUUGUUAAGCACUUUCCUGGUUGGGCAAAAGCCUUGAGAGUUUGGCAUGUUGCUACAUUUAAUGGAGCAUCAGCUACACUGUGUGUUUUGUUUGCUUGGUCUUUAUAUUCUUCUCAUUUUAGGGUCUUAGAGAUUUGACAAGUCAGCAAGAAUUUGUAUGCUCUUCUCCCUGACACCCCAUGCCAUGUGUUUAGAAAAUUUAUUGUAUAUGUUUCUUUCCUCUGGGAACACUCCAUUAGCUAAAAGGGUCAGUUAUGGAUUUGAGUUCUACUGAAUUUAGAGUCCUGUAGUCAGAGCUGGGAUGGGCCCUGUGAAAGUCACCCAAGAGAGGGUAAGCUCAGAUGACGGUGGUCUUCCAGACUCAAGUGCCAGGCUGCUUGCUGUAUCAUAGGUGUGAAUUAGAAAAUGGAAGGGUUUUUCUUCCCCCCUAUCUUCAAGUAUAUGAAAGUAAUCUUAAACUGCAGGGUCUAAUUACCCUGAACAGUGUGAUGCAGCCUCUCUUUAGUGGAUCUCUUGCAGAUAGCAGAGGAAAGGCAGUAGCUAUAUACUUAGGAAAGGGCAGAUAGAAUUACUCUUAUGUUGCUUAUCCCCUUCCCAGAAGUGCCUCAAUAUCUGUCCUCGAGUGGCCUGUUACCUUAAUAAAGUAUCUACCUUAGACCCAUUCUUUCUUCACUUUAUCCUUGUCUGCAGCACACCCUAAAGCUGAGAUGCUAAAACAGCAGAGGAUUGGAUCUACCAAAAAAAAAAGUUAAAUACUUAAGGGCCUGCAGUGGGUAGCAUGCUAAAUAAGGAGCUGUCAAGGAAAAGGCUUUCAAGAUAAGGUACAACUUACAUUUCAGCUGUGCUUAACUCUAAGCUAUGCUCUCCUGGGCCUUGUGGCUGGGAACUGGGCAAGGGCUUUCUUCAGCAGGCAUUCCUGGAAAGCCAGAAUCCCUCUGUUGCAUGAACACCCACACCACAGACAUGGAGUCCCUGCCUGUUGCUGCUGUGCACUGUGUUAGAGCCUGGUGGACUUCUGCCUCAAGUUCUUUGAACUUCAGAAGAUCCAGGCUGCAGAGCUUCAGCUGGCACAGCAGUGCUAAGCUGCUCAAUUAGGGAAAAAACAUCAAAAUACCAGAUUAUUGUUACUGAGCAAACACAGAGAAGCAGCUUGAAAACUUAGGUUUUUCAAGUGUUGUUGGACUAGGUGGAUGCUGAGUAGGGGCUCUUGGGGUGGUAAUUUGGCUGCUGAAAAAUACUGAAAAUAACUUAGAUCUAGAGUACAAGAUCUGGCCCAGUAAAACAAGCUGAGACAAAAAAGGAACACUUUUGCAGCCUUCUGGCCAUAGAGAUUUGAAUCAUCAAGCAGCUGCCUGCUCCAGAGACUCACCAGUCUGAACAGAAGCUCCUAGCAUAGCACCAGACAAUGCAGUGGAAGCACAGUUUUAGUACUACACCUGGUUUUGGAUACCAGUUUAAUUUCUGGCUGGAGGUGAAGUGCCUGUUGUGGUGUUUGCGGUUGGUUGUUUCUUUCCUAACCUGCCUUCUAGAGAGCAACUUAGUACAAGAAUCCAUCCUUGCUGUUUGUGAGGGCUUGAUUUUUCAUGUUGGCUGUAAGCUAUACUCUGGAAUCUGCCACUCAAGGGAUGGUUGAAAGCUCUGGUGCUGAGUGCACUUGCAUAAGGGCAAGUUCUGUUGCCAGACUCCUGUUUCUUUCCUCUUCAUGCAGCUCUUAUCAGAGCUAAGCUAAGACUCUGGACUGUAUUUUUAAACUAUAAUCAAUGCUUUCUAAUGGUAACAAAUGAAAAGUUUCAUUAGUACUAAACAAGUGAUGUUCUGAAGUUUGGUCUUCUUUCAUGUUAAUGAUUGUAGCAGACAAAAUAAUCUGAGGUCAUAAGCCUUCCCUACAUUUAAUUCCAACUACAGUGGUAUGGUAGUACUAGCAAAACCCUAGUAAGGUAGAUUUUGCUAUUCUGGCAAAAAAACCCACACAAAACAAACAACAAAAAACAGAAGUGCUUCUGGCAGCAUAGUCCCUCAUUCACUGAGCCAGCAGAAGCUUGUGCUACAGAACUUGAGUGUGUAAUUACUAGAUUAUUUUUUUUUUCCUCUGGAAUGGUGGUGGGAGGGUGGAAAGGUAAACAUGGCCCCAGCUACCAUGCCUGCCUAGGUCUUCUGUAGAAUGUCUCAUUCUAGGCAUGAAGUGUACUGAAACUCAGCCAUGUGUGUCCGCUGCACCAUGAACAGACACAACAGGAGUCUACUCUGGUAGGUUAGACAACAAGGGAAAGUGUUUCCCACUUAACCAUGGUGAGAUGAAACAUGUUCUCUUCUGUACCUAUCAAAGGCAGAAGUUUACAUUAAUUUGGCUUGGGCUGCUUAAUUUCAGCACCAGUAAGGCUGUAAGGACAGUAGUGUUUUGACUUCAUGUAUGUAUCUGUGCUUCAAAGUGCAAGCUUUGAAUUGCCAUUAAAAAGAAGCAGGAGGAAGGGGGGUUAUAAGAUUUAACCAACCCUACUUGACUCUGGUAGAGCUAGCUCUUAGGCCCAUACAGAGCAGGGACUACAGGGCUAGCUCCAGGCAACAGUACUUGGUUUGUGUCUGCUGAAGUGAACUUUCCUGACUGGAGUGCUUGGUUGGGGAAUGAGAACUGCACCAGCUUGGAAAGGGUCACCUGUAGUGUUACCAAUACAGCCAAGGAAACCACAAUACAAAAAAUCACUCAGAUCCACCUCCUUCAGUUAAAUAACAUUAUCACUUCUUUUUUUCCCUCCUACUUAGAGCUGACCCUCUGUUGGUCUCUUAGGUAGGCUGACUUGCUUCCUCCUAGCUAGAGGUCUAUGGUUAUGCUGUAGAAGUGGGGGAGCUACAGUUAGCUUCCAGUGGAAGCUGCUUUUGAUCUCCCUGCAGCAUCUGCAGGGGAGGGAAGGAACACUAUUCGUUUGGACAGAACAAGCUGCAGAGGAUGCAUCUUACUACUAUCUCUUUAGGGGGUCUCUCCCCCUUUUUAACUUGCAUUAUAAGCUUUUAAGUGUAAAGCUAAAACCCACUCAGACCAAAAGAAUGCCACUUGAUUUGUUAAAGUAGCAAAGACCAAUGGAACUGACUGAAGCAUGCGUGUUAGGGGAUAUCUUCUACUAGGCUUCUGCUGGGUGUAAACAGAUAGUGACUGAUUUGCAGGGAUUUUGGAUUCUGUUCUCAAGAGGCCUGCACAGGGGAAGAGACCCUGACUGGUCCUCAAGUCACCCAUUAGCCAAGGAACUGGUCAUAUUGUUACUUUUAAUAUGCAAGUGCAGCCCUCUUGGGGAAAGCUGUCUAAAGCUUCUUGUGCCAUUUGGUUAAUAAAAGUGUUUCCACCUUUAAAAGAAAGUUCUCUCCAGCUUCAUUGUUCUAUAUUCAGUUGAAGUGAAGGGGUAUGUCCAUCUUCCCUCUGCUAAUGGGACACUGCUGUAAGACCAUGCCCCCAGGUUGCACUUUAAUAAAUGGUACAGUUUUCAAAACA